AACAACAAAAGUCCGCGAGUGCCGACUUUUUUAAUAAAAAAAUUUUAUGUUUUAACCAACUCAGUGCAGCCGUCUAUACAAAAACAGAGAGAGUGCCAUCCAACACAACAGCCUGUUGCUCGUACGCAUCCUUUGACUGGACCCGAGACCUUGAUAAGAAAACAUUAUGUCGGGAACACUAACUCUAUGUGUCUGCGACUACUGGAAACGGCGUCACUACUACAAACGCCCACCACUGGGCCCGUGCGCAGUCUCGACAACAGCUGAAGAAGUUGGGUCGGCUGCGGCACAUCAAGAAAAAAAUGAAUUGCGCCGCCUGCGGCUGCAGGUGGAUGCCAUAAAUGGCAACUAUUAUCUGCGAGAGUUUUUGCAGCAGCGGGUUCUGGCUGUGACGCUCCAGAACCAACACGGCGUGCAAUUAAUUUGGUUGGAACUCGAGCCACCGGAGCGGGACACCAUUGAUUACAAGUUUGCCGACAUACUGGCCCACACCAUCUGGGAGCACAUCGAGGUGGAGAAUCUAAUGUCCUGGCUAUCCACCCUCGGCGGUGGCUUCUCAGCCCUAGGCGAGCAGUUCGGACGAUGCGCCGAAACGGCUGGCAAGAUCUCGCUGCAGCAGCUAAAGAUUGGUCUGCGGCUGGGCGAUCCCUUCCUACAGGCUCGCUGCAAGCUCUACUACAGUAUUUCGCUGAUACAGCGUGGCCAUUUGCGGGCGGCCAAGCAUCUGAUCCGGGAUCAGUAUCAGUUUGCACGUGUCCAUCGGGAGAAGGAUCAGAGACUGGUGCGCAUGUGCCAGGGCAUUUGGCUGCGUCUACGAUACGAGUACGAGCAGCGGAAUCUGCGGCUGAAGCAGCCACCACCAUCCAAAACAACAACAGCAGCAGCAAGUCAAUAGACCCCCUAGCCAAAAAAAAGAGAAGCUAAAAAAGAUACUCUACACUGUACUCAAUUCGUAAUAAGCGUUACCACUUACCAUAUUUACCAGUUACCAUUAGGCGAGCACGGAGGCAGGAGCGGAGUCGGUUUUUCGGUUUUUAUUCCAAGUUUUUAGGCAAAGUUAAAUUAAUUAAUGUAUAUUCAAUAGUUCAUUUUAUUAUUAUUAUUAUUUAAUGUGUAAUUGUAUAUACGUAAAAAAAUGCAUUUACAUCGUUCACUUCUCUUUUAAUUUAUGUUGUUGUAUAUUAUUAUUAUUUAUUUUCAGCGGCUGAUUGUUUGCGAAUAAUUUAAAAAACACGAUACAAAUUUUCUGUACGUCACAGGACAAAGGAAAUUUUUUUACUUAGGCUAGACACAAAAGUUAUGCUUAAACUGAAAAUUGAACGCCCCCGAAUGGGGCGAUGGAUAAGUGCAUAUUAUAUAUCAUAUAUAAAUGUGUGUGUGUUUACGAAA